GGGAACGUCUUGCCUGCCGGGGAGUCAGUUGAGUUCCGAGAGCGCUUCAGAGAGAAGCACCAAGCGAACACCAAGCAGCAAGUGCCCGAUUAUCGCCCAUUGGGAAAAAGUACUUUAUUUUCUGGAUUCUAAGUGAGAAGUGACUCGAAGUGAGGCGGAUUUUUUGAGGUUAAGCAAGAUAAGAAAUACAUUGAGUGGUGCGUGUGCAUAGCGCAGCUACAAUUAAGCAUUCGGCAAGGUGUGUAGCUCGUUGGAUGCUGCGUGUCCCCCCCGCUUGCCACGGCCGGAGAGGUUACUGCACCGGAGUGGUCUCUCGCCAUCGUGGUUGGUGCUCGCGGUUCGCGUUCGCGCUCUUCGCGAUAUUGUGAGCUGCGUUUACAAAACAAAAACAGCCCCAAAACCGGUUCCCCAACAGCGUUACUAUAGUGACACACACACACACUGUGCGACGUCAGCUGAUCCACGGGCGAAAAGAGCAGCAAACGACGCUUUGAGCACAGCAGCAGCUGAUCAACGCAGCAUCGGCCCCGAGCAGAGCAAAAGGUCACAUAUCGCUGGUCGAUAACGACGUGCAUCUACAGUCGUGUGACUGUUUAUCGAGUCUUCGACAAUCUUCUACUUCUUCUGCGGUAGCCACAUAUCGUUCAGUUGAAACCACAAACCACCAGAUAGGAGCGGAACGUUAUCAAGCGCAUAAUAUAAUCUAUCGGAUACAGAAGGCCGGAUAAAAGAGGUUCUUGACUUGACACCCAAACCAUAGGCGCAUCAGCUUUUGUCGAGCAAGCAAAACGUGACUCCUCAGCAACCGGAGCAACGAGGUUUUCAAAGGAUUAAUUCAACGAACAAACGAACCCCUGGAGCGCCUGGGAGACGACGUGGUGUCUGUCGCCGACGAAGAAAGCCGCCACUUCACGCCCGGCUGCCGGCGAACGCCGCCAAGUGUAACGAGGGGCCUCCGCGCCGCUGUGUACCGCUCGGUGGUGGUCCGCUUCUUUCCGGCUGAUUGUCGACUUUAUUGAGCGAAAUUAAUUCCAUCACCAUCGCCUGGCAAACGGGGAGAAAGGUUCGUCCGACCGACCGACCGACCUGGCGUGGCGUGGCCACGAGGUGUGCGUGUGUGUACCUCUUGGUUAGUGAGCUACCGACCGGCUGCCCAACCAGUGGUGUGUGCUCGCAAGUGGAUCUUCACGGCGUGCGUGCGUACCGGUCGACCGUCAAUUUGUUGAGGUGAUCGUCAAUUAGUGGAGGUCAAAGCUGAGUGUGCUGGUACUGUCCAAUUGGAUCGCUCGCCUCGGCUCGUGAAGUGUUCUGUGUGCAAAAGUGAAUUAGAACCUACACCCGAUCCUCGAUCAUUGACGGUUACUUGCCCUAGACCGAUCGCAGUUGGCGGUUGGCAACGUGUGACAUUGUUGGAAUACCACCCAAAAAUAGACGUCCGAGAGUGCCGAACACACAGACAGAAACACGCCUACUGCUCGCAAUAACCACGAUGGCACGAGAGAGAGGUUCGCUGACCGUAUCGCAGCUACUGUUGCUGCUGCUCAUCGCAACGGAACGCUUGACCGACGCGGCCAAGAUAUUGGCAAUCUUCCCGGUACCGCUGAAGCAACAUCAGCUCGUCUAUCAACCGCUGAUCGAGGAGCUGGCGCACCGUGGCCAUGACAUUGUACUAGUGACAACGGAUCCGAUGGAUCUGCAGCGCGGUAAUGGUACGCAGCAACAGCAACAGCAGCAGCAGCUGGCCGAUCGGAUCGAGCAGAUUGAUCUUAGCUUCGCCUACCAACUACCCGUCCUCGAGCAGCUCAACGUGGAUGGGUUGGAUGGGCGCGACAUGCUGCGCAAGGUGUUUGACGUUAUGCGUACGAUCUCGGCCGAAGAGCUGCAGCAUCCGGCGAUGCAGAAGCUGAUUAAGGCGGCUUCCAACAAUGGCAAUGUCGCCGAUGGUGGAGCCCCUCCAGCCAGCAAGUGUUCCCGCUUCGAUGUCGUCAUCGUCGAGUGGUCCGGUGUUACGCUGAUGAACGCGUUUGCGGAACAUUUCCGCGCACCACUGAUCGGUAUCGCCAACGGUGGUGCCUUUAUCAACGCCCAUGAAGCACUGGGUAAUCCGAAUCAUCCGAUCGGGUAUCCCAGUAUCUUCAUGCCGUUCAGUGAGGACCUGAGCCUGCUCCAGCGGAUCUCAAGUGUGCUGUUCACCGUCUGGUACAGGUUCUACUACUACACCGAAGAGAUACCGGCACAGAACGCGAUCGCGAUCAGCAACUUUGGUGACACCAUCUCCGAUCUACGGCAGAUCGAACAGAACGCCGAUCUGCUGCUGAUCAACUGUCACCAGGUACUUGGGAAUGUACGCCCGGUUGGUCCGGCCACCGUACACCUCGGUGGUAUCCAUCAGCGAGCUUCAGCGGCAGGACAGCGACGACGACUUCCGGACGAGCUGAGCCUAUUCCUCGAACAAUCGGACUCGCCCAUCGCUUACGUCAAUCUGGCCGCACCCUUCGGU